UUUUGCUUCAGAUCUGAAAAAAGUUAAUGAAAAGUGCAAAAAGUGCCUACAAUAUGCCAAACUCAAGUGGCAAAAAAAGAAAGCUCUUCACUCUUGAAGAGAAGAAAGUUAUCAUUCAGAGGCUCCUUGGUGGUGAAAGACAAGUAGAUUUGGCCAAGGAAUAUGGGCUGAACAAAUCAAGCAUCAACACCAUGUGGUCUACCAGGGAAAAGAUCUUGGGUGCUUGUGAGACUGCUGCAAAGGGUGCAAGCAGAAUCCCCAGCAAAACCCAAAGGCACCCAGUGCUGGAUGAACUUGAGAAGCUUCUCCUCAUUUGGAUUGAAGACAUGCAGAUGAGAGGUGAUCCUGUGUCUGGAGAGCACAUCUGCAGGAAGGCCAGGAAUAUCUAUGAAGAACUCAUCAAGGAGUAUCCUGAUGGAGAAGCUGUUGCAAAUGAAGAGGAAGAAGAUGGCCAUGAAGAAGAGAACAAAGGUUUCAAAGCUAGCCAUGGCUGGUUGCACAGAUUUCAAAGAAGGACUGGGAUCAAGAAUGUGAAGAUGACAGGAGAAGGAGGGAGUGCUGACCAGCAGGAGGCAGCAAAGUUUUGUCACACACUCCAAGAUGUGAUAGAUGAAGGACUUGUCCUGGAGGACACAGAAGACCCAAGUGUGGAGGAGCUGAGGGAAAUGGCAGCUGAAAAAGCAGAGGAUGCAAAACAGAGAGAGUUGACUAAACCACAGCAAGUAAUAUCUGAUGAGAAGUGCAGCAUCAAAUCAGCAGCCAUCAGGGACAUUCUAGGAAAAUGGAAAGAAGUCCAAGACUUCUUCAUACAACACCAUCCCAACAAGGUUGAGGCUCAUCAGGCUGUGGAUGUUGUGGAAUCUGUUUGUGGCAGGUAUUUCCAUGAUCUCCUCAAGAGCAAAGAAAAGCAGACAACAAUUUACAGAUUCUUCUCUCCUGAAAAAGCUGGGCCAUCAGGUGUCCAAGCUGGACCAUCAGGUGGUCAAGCUGGGGCAUCUGGUGUCAAAAAGAGGGCAAUUGAUGAUGAAAGUGACUCUGACUGAGUUUUUUGUAAUGAUUUUGUAAUUAACUGACAUGAGAACUGUGAUGUAUUGUUUCAUGUAUUGACAGAACAUGAAGUGCAGGUGUUGUGAGGUCACAG